AGUUGCGCAAAUCCGGCAAACGGUAUAUAACCAAAAUACACAACAGACACAGUGCAUCUGCGGUGACUCUAUAUGGCUGAAUUGCUGACAGGCCAGAAUCAUCAGCCAAGAAAAACAAUGAAGAUCAAAACAGGUGUUAAUGCAGUAUAAUCUAUCGCAAACCAAAAGAAACUAUUUGAGAAGUUAAAAUGGCGCCAUAAAUUGUCUUGAAAACGAGGUUUUAAUACCUAUAUAUAAACUGAAAAACAGGAAUGCAAGAUUUGUCAUGAAUACUUGUCAUCACUUUAAUAUAACUUUGAGUUUGUGUUUAAUGAGGUUAUGAGAAAAGAGUUCAUUUGAAUCAGUUAUGGAUUAUUAAAAGGGAUUAUUGCAUGUUUUUCAAUGAAAGGGUUGAUCAAAAUAACAAAAAAGUAAUUUUAUCUGUGUGAAUUCUAAAGUAACAGUCAUGUAUUCAACAAAGGCUCCAAAGUACCGAAUCAAUGAAUCUGAUCUAAAGUGCAAAAAUGGUUGUGAUUACUAUGGAAAUGCUGCCUGGCAAGGCUACUGCAGUGUAUGUCACAGGCUGCAACAACGAGCCUUGCAAGAGGAAAGAGAACGUGCUCAAUUACAAAACCGUGAAAGUGAAAAUGUAAGUCAUGUGGAGAAUCAACAUCGACAACAACAGCAACUGCAGCAGGACAAAAACAAAUCAAAACUCACAGCAUUUUCAAGGCUUAGAAAAUUACCGACUAAAGGACAGGAACCAAAGCAACUGUUGAGAGAACUGUACAGCAGCAAUGCAUCUGAUCUUCAAAAAAUUGAGACAGAUAAUCGAGAUCUGAUUAAUAUGUUCAACAAAACUCUUGUUGCCAAAGAUGUUUCCAAAAAAAUUAACCAUUUUGUAAAUGAAAUUGUAGAGCAUAAAGACAGUAAGAGAAUAGAAAGAUUAUCUGAAAUUACACAAAAUUUUUAUCAAAACUUUUCAAAACGUAUGGAGGAAAGUUCUAUUUACAAAGAUGUGUCAACGGAUAUUAGAGAAAGACUUCUUGAUUAUGUCGAAAGGUAUACAAUGACUUUAUUGUACAGAAUUCUAUUUUGUCCUCCAUAUACAAAUGACGAAGAAAAAGAUUUAGAAAUUCAAAAAAGAAUAAGACAAUUGAAUUGGGUUAGUGUAAAAAAUUUAGAAUGCAAAAUACACGAAACAAGUGUUGAAGUUAGAGAACUUGUUUAUACAUCGAUGAUGGACUUAUUAAACAUGGAUGCUGCUAAAGCUCCGCAAGAAAAACUUGCUUGCAUUGUUCACUGUUGUAGUAAUAUAUUCUUAUUAUUACAACAGUCAUAUGUUGGUGGUCCAGCUUCUGCAGAUGAAUUUCUGCCAUCCCUAAUUUUUAUAGUUCUCAAAGCUAAUCCAGCAAGAUUAAAAAGUAAUAUUAACUUUAUAUCAAGAUUUUGCAAUGAAAGCCGACUUAUGACUGGAGAAGGUGGAUACUAUUUUACAAAUUUGUGUUGUGCUGUUUCAUUUAUUGAAAACCUUACUGCGGAAUCCUUGCAUAUGACAAAGAGUGAUUUUAAUGCAUAUAUGUCAGGAGAACGAGUACCAGCUAAUACAUGGGAGUCUGCCUUAAUGAUCUGUGAAAAUUUACAUUUAGUCUGUGAAAAUAUAACGAUAUUGCAAGAAUUGAAAACAGAAAACGAGAUAAUUUUAAGAGAAGCAAAUGAAAUGAAACAGGAUAUGAUUGAAUUUUGUGAAAGAGUUGAAUCCAGUGUAUCUGCUAGUGUUGAAAAAUGUCCACUCAUAAUAACGAAAAGCCAAAAAGUACCCACAAAUAUAGACUGUGACAACGAAGAGUGUCCUGAACUACCCUCACCAAUAGUACCAAAGAUUUAUACGCAACCUCCUGAAAAUCAAAUAAGUGACAACUCGUUGCCAAACCAAACAAACUUAAAUGUUUCAACAAAGGAUUAUUCCACCCCUUCACCUACAUUUGAUUUUCCAUUAUUUGGUGGGAAUUACGGCAUAGAAUCUGGAAAAGGAGAAGAUGACACAAGCCUUAUUAGUCUAGAUCCUCAUAGUGAUAAUGUCAGUAACGACUUCCAAGUUACUGAAAAAAGGACGCCUAACAGUUUGUUGGAUGACGUACAGUACGGCGAUGAUAAUUUGCCUUCUCCUCUUAAGCCUACUGCUUCGAUGCAAGAAGAUUAUCACGGGUUCUCGAUUCAAGGCUCAACCAUUCCCACUAUCCCUUGUAGCACAGGAGAUUUAUCAUUGAACUCGCUUUCUUCAGAAACUGACUCUAAUAAUUACCUGAAUUAUCAUCAAAAUAAUUAAUGCUUGAUUAUUUUUAGAAUCUUUUUGAAGUUCACUGCAGCUAUUGAUUUUAUACUUGAUAGCAAUAUUCAGUCUUUGCAAUCAAAGUAUUGGCCAGCUUAUAGACGAUUGAUGAUGAAUUAAUGUAAUUAUAGCUUAAUUUUAUUAUACUCUAUAUUUAUUUAUUUAUCACGUAUUUUAAUAUGAAUAGUAUAUGUAAAAUGUGUACAUAAAAAAUGAUGAUUUCUAAUAAUAAAAAAACCAUAUAGAUUUCGAAAUAAAAAUAUUUAAUUUUUGAUGCUGAUGUAGGUCUGAUAAAUAAAUACGCAAGUCGAAAAUUACAGGAAA